AUGGCAUCCAGUACCCAGGUGCUGCUACAGCAGAAGUCCGCCGUCACCACUCAUCUGGACACGCUCAAGAACGAGGAUCUGAAAGCGAUAUGCAGAUGGUAUGGGGAGCCGGUGUCGGGGACUAAGAGCAUCCUCAUCACUCGGUGUCGAAAAGUCCUCAACGACAUCGUAAGCAGGGGUGACGCGGACCGUUUCGAGAUCCUCAAAGCAAUGGCCUCCAUCACCCAGCUGCCUUCGCUGAAGCCGGGCCACUCCUCCUCUUCAGCUACUUCAUACCCCUCACCCGCCUACCAUCCCCCUCGGGGAGGCGGUGCGUCAUUACACAACGGGGCGUUGAACAUCAAGAAAGCCUUCAAGCCCAGCCCUUUCUACCAAAUCCUCGAGCCUUUGUUAUCCAUGGCAGACCUACCAGAGGGUCCAGAAAUGCCAUCGAACCGCCACACCGUCCGAUCCAACCUUGUCAUCAAAUCCGAGCUCGGGCAGCGCCUACGCGCAGACGCAAACCUCAAAAUCAUGCUGCUCUGCGGCGAGUCGAGUGCAAUGUCUGCAUACGCUGGCGCCCACAUCAAGUUUCCCUCCCAGAUCGAAGUCAAGGUGAACAACAACGACGUCAAGCACAGCUUCAAAGGUCUCAAGAACAAAGAAGGCACCACGAAGCCGGCGGACAUCACCUCCCUCUUACACAAGUUCGGCGGACAGGACAACUCCAUCCAAAUCACCUAUGCACUCACCCACCGCCGCUUCUCCUACUCCGUCUACCUCGUCCAAUACGUCGGCGUCGAUACCCUCGUCAACCAGAUCAAGUCGGGCGCCGUCAUACCGAAGGACAAGGUGAUCAGGGAUAUGACUCGUGCUAACAACGACGCUGAUGUCUCCGCCACCUCCGUACGCAUGUCUCUCAAAGAUCUCGUCUCCACCCUCCGCAUCACCGUGCCGGUGCGGUCGUCGCAUUGUGCACACAACCAAUGCUUCGAUGCAGCCAUGUUUCUGCAACUCCAAGAUCAAUGCCCUCAAUGGAGCUGUCCAGUGUGCAACAAGCACGCCCCUUUCGAGACUCUGAGCGUCGACAAGUAUUUCGAAGACAUCCUCAACCGAACAUCUUCGUCGAUCGAGAAAGUCGACAUCGAGCCGAGUGGGGAGUGGAAAGUGAUCAGGGAUGAAGAUGACAACCAAACGAACGGUACCUCCAGCAAAGCCCGCGCCGCGUAUGAUGACGAUUUCGACGACCUCGUUGAGCUGGAUGAGCCAGUUAGCAAGGGGGUGAACGGCACGAAGCACAUGGACGCUCCGUUCUCGAUCAAUACACCACCGCUGUCUUCUCGAGAGCCCUCCGUGGCGCAAUCUGCAGGAUCCGCGCAACGGCCUGGUAGCAAACGGCCACAGUCUGCGGUUAUAGAUCUCACGCUAUCGGAUGAUGAGGAGCCAUCGAGACCUGCAAAGAGGCAAAGUCGUGUUCAACAGCAACCCGCGUCAGCCUCGCACCCUACGUCCGCCACCACACCCAAUUCUUUGCCCAAUCCUCGCGACCAUGCUGCAUCGAAUUCAAACUACUAUCACGGUUUCAACCAAAGCGACAACUAUCGGCCAGGCAGCAAUCUCAGUCGCACCUCGUUCAGCCACAGCCCUUCGGCAUGGGGCUCACAUCAAGCGAGCACACCGCAGCAGUCAUCACUCUUCCCGCCACCUCCGCCACCUAAUUCGGCUCCCAGUUUCGGUGCAUCAAUGAGGCCACCGUCGGCGAACCAGAACCAAAGCACCAACAACGCGACUGCUUCAGCACAGGGCGGGCUUAGGCUGCCUCCCAUGCAGCUGCAGCGGCCGCCUUCGGCCUCGCAUUCGCCGGUGCAAACCUUGUAUCAGGGGUGGAGGAACGGGGAUGAGUGGGAGUUUGGGAGCUACGAGAGUAGUCCAGGGUGA